AUGGCAGAAUAUUAAUUUGACAAUGAUAUGUAUAUGGACAAUAUCAACAUUUAGAUGCAAGAUUUGAGUGGAAGAAAUACUUCAGUGUCUAGUGAUAGCGAUGAUAAGAAAAAAGUGCAGAAGAAAAGUAACAAUUCAUACAAGCAAUAAUAAAAUGGCAUUGACCCUACUCUGAUAAGAUAAGAACCAGAAUUAAGAUCAGACGCUGGCCUUGGAUAGCAAUAGUUAAAUCUAGCCCCGAGUGAGAAGAGCUGGUAUGCGAAAAUUUGCCCAUGCUUGUCAAUAGAUUUCUUCUAAGUGUACUUUGAUGUAUCGACUGCUGAUAUCAUCGGUAGACUUAUUGCUUCUCUCAUACCUUUUAACAGAAAGUUUUACACUAUGUAUAAAAGUAAGCCAGAUUUGUAUGGGCCAAUGUGGAUUUACACAACUUUGAUAAUUGUACUUACAGUUGCUGGAAACUACUCACUUUAUCUUCAAAGUGAUAAAACUCAGAAGUUCGUCUACAAAUUUAACUUUAUUCCGAUUGCUGCUACAGUCAUUUAUUCAGCUGGCUUAGGCCUUCCAUUCGCUCUAAAAUUACUGAUGAAAUUCAUGGGUGCCAAUUUCUUCAGUGGCUCUUUUAUUGAGAUUCUUGGUAUUUACGCUUACUCAUUCACUAGCUUCUUGUUUACUGCCUUUGUUUGCGCUUUCCCAAUAUCAGGCUUACAAUGGGGUUUUCUAAUAUAUUCAGCAGUAACUUCAACUGGCUUUCUAAUGGUAACAUACUGGAAUGACCUAUAAGAGUCCCUUGACGCUAAAAAGAGAUUUAUAGUGAUAGCCUUUAUCUGUGGUGUGCAGUGCAUGUUUCUUCUGAUCUUCAAGCUUUACUUUUUCCAGCAUGUAUCAGGCCAGUGA